AUGCAGGAUUGUUCUAAAUGUCCAGAAGAACAAUAUCCAAGCAAGGACAAAGAUUCAUGUCUUCCAAAGAAAAUAUCUUUCUUAUCCUAUGAAGAACCAAUGGGGAUAACCUUAGUCAUUCUGGCACUUUCUCUUUCUUUCUGCACUUUUGGAGUGCUGGCAACAGUUUUGAAAUAUCACCAUACUCCCAUUGUUAAGGCCAAUAACCGAAAUUUCACGUAUGUUCUUCUCAUCUCCCUCCUCCUCUGCUUCCUGUGCUCACUGCAAUUCCUUGUUGCACCUGGAAAUAUUUUAUGUCUUCUCCAACAAAUUAGCUUUGGCAUCAUCUUCACAGUGGCCGUAUCUUCUGUUCUGGCAAAAACCAUCACUGUGGUUCUAGCUUUUAUGGCCAUGAAGCCAGGAUCCAGAAUGAAGAAAUGGGUAGGAAAAGGCUCGGCCACAUCCAUUGUUCUUACUUGUUCCCUGAUUCAGACAGGCAUCUGUACAGUAUGGCUCCUCACAUUUCCCCCUUUCCCUGAAGUUGACACUCAUUCAGAAAUUGAAAAAAUUGUAUUGCAGUGCAAUGAAGGUUCAGCUACCAUGUUCUACUGUGUCCUGGGAUACAUGGGUUUUCUGGCAGCUGCCAGUUUCACAGUAGCUUUUUUCUCCAGGAAUCUCCCCAGCAGUUUUAAUGAGGCCAAAUGUCUCACAUUCAGCACGUUGAUCUUCUGCAGUGUGUGGCUCUCCUUUGUUCCUUCCUACCUGAGCACCAAAAGCAAAUACAUGGUGGCUGUGGAGGUUUUCUCCAUUUUGACCUCAAGUGCUGGGUUUCUGAUUUGUAUAUAUUUCCCAAAAUGUUAUGUAAUCAUUGUUAGGCCAGAGUUAAAUAACAGAGAGCAACUUAUUAUGCGAAAAAGAUAGUAAUAAACACACAAAAAUACUUCUAAUAUUUGUCUUUUAUUAUUCCUUGUUUGAUAUAUGCAUUAUCUGUAUCAUUUAUAUUCAUCUCUCAUGUAUUAUUUUGUGAGGUAAUAAAUAAAUGGAAAAUAUCCCAUAAUCCAUAGCUGUUACUAAAUAGAUUAG